AUACAUUACCAUGUUAAAACAUGAAAAGCGUUAUUAAGGAAGUAUAAUACUGCAAUAUGUUUGCCCGGCUGGCUUUAAUAUUUUGGUUUCUUCAUGUUUCUAUUGGAUUAAAUACCUCAUGUUGCGAUUCGUAUCAUCUGAAGAGGCAGAACGGAGAAUUGUGGACCUGCGACAAUUGUCCUCCGGGAUAUCAUUUCGUUGAUGACUGUGAAUUCAAUGGUGGAAGCGCUAAAUGUUCUCCAUGCUCAAAUGGUUAUUAUAUGGAAACCAGGAAUGUUUUCAGAGCAUGUAGAAAAUGUAAAAUAACCUGUCCCUACAGCACGAUUAUUGAUUUUAACUGCACCUCGACAUCUGAUCUUAAAUGUGGUUGUUCAUACGACAGAUAUCUCGACAAGGAUUUGUGCGUUACAAAAACAAAAUGUCAGCCGGGCUAUGGCGAAAGCGGAACUACUGCUGAAGGAGAUACGAAAUGUGUCAGAUGCCCGGAAGGGACAAUAUCACCUAAUAAUUCCUCUGAGGAAAAAUGCAUGCCUGACACGGAUGACUGUGCCCUUAUGCCUUGUAUGAACAACGGCACAUGCACGGAUUUAGUGAACGACUUCAAUUGCACUUGUCCUGGAGGCAUUUCUGGUCGAAGAUGUGAACAUUCUACAGGCUGUGAUACUGGACCUUGUCAAAAUGGAGGACGAUGCGUACCGGAAGGGAUUUUACAUCUCUGUGAUUGCCCAGAUGGAUUCAAAGGAAAAAACUGCGAAGUAACAAUUCCCUCUAGAAGUAAGCACCUAAUCGUGAGCAUAGUUCUAGGAAUUAUCUUAUGUGCGAGUGUGUUGGUUAAUGUCGGCAUGCUUGCAUGGCGUUUAAGAAGAAUAUGGAUUCCAGGACGUGCAUCAAAGAAAGAAGGAAAUCCUGAAAGCAGCCAAGAGGAACUUUCGGAAAAAGAAUUACUUCUACCAGAUUCUUCUGGACAAGAAAGUUCUUCCAAUGGCAGUCACAAAAAGGACGAUAAACUUGAAGAUAAAGACAUUGCCAGUCAAUCACCCGGUGGGCAAGAUUCUAUCCGACCCGAACGUGGUUCAGCGGUGCCUGACUAUGAAGAUGGAGACAAUAGAAGUUCAUCAUCCCAUAGACAAGAGACUUCCAAAAACGACAAUCACAUUGAAGGCCCUCCAGUACAGGAACAAAGCCCACCAAGUAAUGUUAGCCCUGCAAAUGCGUCAAGACCACCAACAGGUACAUGUGACAAUGACUUCCAGGACAUACGUGAUAAAGCAAACAAAGGGAAAUCCAUCAGCAAAGGCUCAAAUCAGAUCUAGAAUUAUGGCGCAAUUGUUAUAAGGAUUAAAAAGAAACAAUACAAGAUGUCCAUAUGCUACACAAAGGAACGAAGACGUGUUUACAUAUUAAUAUGUGAAAUAAUGAUUCCUAUACAAAUAUCAACACCAGAUAGUAUGAUACAAUUGUGUGCUUUACAUGGCUAAUACACGAUUUAACAUCAUAAAAUAUUUGUUCUAUUCAAGAAGCUAUGCUUGGUGUUUUGUAAUUUAUAUUAUUCUGAAUGUUUAUGUUCAAUUUGCUAUUGAAACUCGAAGUUUUGAAAUUAACCAGUGAUGCGAUUUGUAAGAACAAUUGUGUAUUUAUAUCGCAUUGAUUACUUCCAAAAUAUUACAUUUUCCUACCCAUUAUGAAGCAUCAAUGGUGUAUUUAAUAGUCUCAGAAUGCACAUUGUCCCACACUUGCAUCGAUCUGCAACUAGUAAAGCACUUGUUUUAUAGAUUGAAAAAAAGUAUUCGCAUUAAAAUGGUAUAUGCAUGUUAUGGUAGAGUAAACAAGAUCAAACAAAAUUAGUGUUAACAGACAAGUUAAAUAUAGUACAUGUAUAUGCUGUGAACAUUUAGAUGAAAACUCUCUAAUCCUUAUAGUGCAUCACAUCUAAAAAUUGUUUAAUUUCUUGAGUAAAUGCUAUAACAAUAAUUUGAUAUACCAUAUACUUUAUUGUUAAACCCCCUUACAAUACACAUAUGAAAUAUUAAUAUGAUUAUGACAAAAUAACCAUUUAUCUUGUACAGUAUGAUAAAGAUUUAGGUUGACUGGAUAAUGCAUGUAGUGUAUUUAAAUAGAUUGAAAGGUAAGGUAUUUAUAAUUGUUGUAUCACUUAUAUAGUAGUAUGGUCUAAAGAAGAAAAUGAAAAGUGUAUAACAGAAUGUACCCUGUUGACAAUUGUUUUUAUUAUACAGACGUUAUAACAAUAUAUAUUAAAUUAAUGUAUACAUUUUUAUUGUUAUUUCAAUUGAAAAAAAAUGUUUUGUUUUGCAUGAAUGAAUGCUAGUAUUCGACGCCACUGUAUCUGGCUAAAUAGGUCUAUGACCAUCUGGUUAAUAAACGUUCUUUUCUGA